CGGGUGUGUACAAGGCGGACCCUAACAAGCUUGGUUGAGUCAGUGUAUUUUUGAGGUGUAGACGGUGUAACUACUCAUUAAUUGCAUAUAGGAGAGUCUCAUCCACCAGAAAAAGAUGCAUGAUGCCAGUAAGGGGCGACAAAGUACAGAAGCGGGUCAAUGAGCGGGGGAGGAACUUCAAUAUAGACAGUCGCAUCAGUAACUUGGGUCUACCACGAAGAGAGCAUCAUGGACAGCAAGACUUGUAUCUGGAUGUGGAGGACUGGGAGGAGAUCGAGGCGUUGCUGGAGCGAGAACAACACCUGCUGGGCCAACACCACCACCGCUCCGACCCCACCAGCGUCAAUCUUCUCCACAGUCCAGAACACAUUUUACGACCCCCAUUGGAGACAUUACCUCGACGUGGCCACACUCCUCGUACCAUCCCACGAACACACGGUAACUUCUCGGUGCCUUUGAACCAGCUGUCUUCUAUCCUCCUCAACAUGACAUUCUCCGACGCAGAGGAGGACCAUCAGGGCUCUCGGGCCAGGGAGGCAUCAAAUAGGACUGGAGCCACAGGCAACGACCGUGAACGCUCCACCAGUCGGUCUCGGACAGAAUCUGGGGUGAGUAACGCUUCUACUGCCUCCUUGGUCACUCCAACCUCCUCAGGUCCUGCAGCCAAUGGCCAGGCUCAUGCUGAGAGUCCCUCUAGGGCCUCCACUGCUGAGGCAUCUGGUGCCUCAAACAUGGAGAUGACUAAUGCUGUCCAGAGCAUCACGGUUGCUGAUAUGAAGGGUGUGGACAGUAAGAAGAUCAUGGAGAAGCUGCAACAGAUCCAAGGUUACAUCCAGCAGACCACUACAGCCAUGGCUGCCUUGGAACAGCAAGGUGACACGGGCUCUCAGAGUGACAUAUACAACCGAUUUGUUACUUUGAACAAAUCUCUACAGCACCAGGAGGGGGAGUACCUCGACAUCUUGGCUCGCCUGCUGGUGCUCAACAAGGCUGCUGCCCAGGUGGCCAACGGCUGUCCGAACAAUGAGUCAGUAACUACACCACCAGUCAACGGCAGAGAGGAGACGGAGAGUGUUAACACCAGCAGCAGUGUUAGUAACCACGUGGUAGGACUUGUUGGCCCAGGAAAUGUUGCAACCCUACAGGAACGCUUAGCUGCUAGUCAGGAGGAGUCUACUUCUAUCAUGGGCCGCAUGAGAGACAGUAUUGCCCGUCGAGAAGACCUUAUGGUCCGUUACAAGGCUACCCGCGAACGACUGGAGAAUCUCAAAAAGCAACAGCAGGAUAUCCGGACCCAAGAGAGGCAGUUGUUGCAUGCAGCUGGAACCAGUGAGACACCUUAUGAGGACCCCAUCCCUGGAGCUGAAAAUUGGACCAUAGAUGAGGUUGCUCAAGGCAUUGUAGAAUUUCAGGCUCUUUAUGACAAAGUGGAUCGCUUGCAGGGGAUGUACUCCAUUAAAGCUCAGAAUGCUGACCCAGAUGAUGAGGUAGCACAGGCAGAUGUGACCAACAAGCUGAAUCAACUGGCAACUAAGCGAAGAAUGCUGAUCGAGACAAUAACAAAGUUGCGAAGGAUUGAGCGACAAAGGCAAGAAGAGCAGCUGACAGAUACUGGGGAAGGUCCAGCAAGAUCCCAGAGAAACUCCACAGCUCCUGCUGAAACACCAGACAGUAAUCAGGGUUCAGUGUCUGAUCGACCUAUUGGGGAAGUUAGCACAACGACCUCAGAAACUGCCCCAAGGUCCUCGGCUUUCUCAACUGACGAUGUAUCACAGCUGAAUAUCAACGCGACCGCCAACAAUGUUGCUGCUGUUUCCGAUGAGAUAUCUUCAAGACAGUUGCAGCUACAGACUCUACAAGAGCAGUUGGGUGACAUGAGAAAACUCCUGGAUGUCACAACUGCUGGUAGAAAGGAGGAUGAAAGGAGGAUGCUCGAGUCACAGAAACGUCUGGCAGAGGCCGAGGCCGCCAAGGCCAGGUUUGUAGCGAUGGAGGCUCAGAGUGAGAGGACCCCAGCCAUGGAUGGAGCAGUGGGCGGAGAGAUGGUGGAAGUGGCAGGUCGCAGGCUCCGUCUAACAGAAAUUGAUAAACAGAACCCAGAAAUCCUGAAAAAGUACCAAGAAAUCUCCAAGGCCAAGGAACGACUGUCUAAGAUGGAAGAAGUUAUGGAAAUGAUCGCCACUGCAAAGAGGAACCAUCAAAACCUGAGGGAGGUUAUCCCACCCGACUACCUGGCCAUCCUGGAGGAGGCUGAGGCUGAGAGGGAUGAUGACUUAGGACUAUCCAGCAACCAAUCUUCAGGAGUCACCACAGCAAAGGAGGAACCUGAGGAAGAGCUCAGAUUGUCCAGGCGACAUCCCCGAACCUCUCGGAGGGGUAGUCUAAGUCGCAGUGAUGUGGCUGCCUCAGUGGGGCGCAAUGAGCGGGACCAUCGUGUGAGGGAAAAAGAGAACAGUGACAUUUCUGCUAUGCAAAAGCGACUGAAUAAGACGAGUACCAGAGUUUCGGCCAUCAAUGAAGGGUCGAGACAUGGCCACGAGAAAGGAGCAGUUAAGAAACAGCCACAGGCUUUAUGGCAAGAGGGCACCACUACUGUAGACCCAAGAGUGUCAGAAGUGUUGGCCAUGCAAGAGGAACUACGACAAAAGAAGAACACUCUUGAGGCUCUAAUGAAGCGCAUGGGGAAGUCCUCCUCACUCAACAUGGACAACAUAUCCGACAACAUCUCAGACAAUGUGUCCGAGACCUCCGACAGGCUGGAUGGAGGGAAUGGCACAACGGCCACCUGGGGAACGGCUGGUCUGCAUGAUUAUUCUGACAACCAUUACCAACACUCGAGUGAUGAAGAAUUGAUAGAAGAGGAAAAUGAGGGCGAUGAAGUACCCGUACGGGCCCACCGCCGCUCCCAGCAGCCCACUGGCCAACCCAAAGACCGCAACCGUCACUCAGCCACGCGUCACCGCCGCCGUCAAGACUCGGGCCGUUUCUCAGUCAAUAACUUGACCACAGCUCACAGUGGACGUCCCAAACACAACCGUCUUAGAGGAAGUAGUGUUCCCAAGGCUUCAUGGGAGGCGGUGGAUGGCUCCAGUUACAAGUCUCCCUCCAACACCACACUCCAGGCUCACCAGACUCUUGGUGCAGCUCUCUCUCAGUUGAGUCAAGUGCAGGGAACAAUCAACAACCUACAGGAGAGUCUGCGCCAAGAGCAGAACCAGGUGCUGGGGAGUGGCCCUUUCUCCCAGUUUAUGCCACAGUACCUCCCAGACGUCCCCUCUGCUGGCUUGACGCCCACUUCCUUGCCUCCACACAUCCCAGGAAUGGGUACCUCCACAAAUGGAGUACAGGCCCUCACUCCCAUGUCCCCAUAUGCUGGACUAGGGUCUUUGGCUUUGGGAAGUCAAGGUAAGAAUGGUGGAAAUGAAAGCAGUGGGCAGCAGAUGAACCAGCAGCUGAUGUUAGGACUCCAGCAAUGUUUCUCGCAGCUUCACCUCCACUCACUGGAGAUCCAGGCUCUGAGCAAGCACCUUCAGCUCCUUGAUAGAAGGGAUCAAGCCGAUUCACUUCCAGUUCCUGAUUCUGGAGGUGGACGGCUCGACAGGAGAAGAGGGAGAACUGGAACUAGGAGGAGUGAAGACGAGGAGGAAGAGGAGGAGGAUGACGACGACGACGACGUAACGGCUGCCACUCGCCCGUCAUAUCCCCUCCACCACAACCUCCUCGCUGCCUCGCACACGCGGGACGGGAAGGAGAGCGCAUCUCGGGUGCCACAGAGUCUCUCCUUCCCUCUCUUCCUCAGUCAACCGGGCGAUGGAGAAGCCCACCCGACAGGCGUCACGAACCCAAUAUACGGCCGUUUAGGAGACGUGAGGGAACCGGGUUCUUGGGGCUCCUUCGCUCCAACACCAGGCACGGAGCAGCCCUCGGAGCAACUAGCCUCGAUGAUGGGUGUAGGCGGGGUGGUAGACAACAGCCCAUCACACCCUCUCCUCCACCUUGACCGUAUGAGUGAGGAGAGGCCUCAGUCACAGCCGCCGGAUGACCACCACUGGGCAUCUCUGGCUUCCACCCAUCCUCUUCAUCAUCAAACUACAGAUCUACUCAAUAAUCAGGUUCCUCCCGGGACUCGAGCCAACAACUACUGGGACAACUUCCGCAGUUAUUCCCGGCAGAACCUUCUCUCCACGGCCACCAAGAGCAAUACUAGUGACCAUCAUCCUGCUUCCACUGCCUCCAUCUCUGCUGCAACUCCUAGUGGCACUGCAGGGUUCCUCCAGUCUCGGGAACCCAUUCGAGUGGAGGACAAGCGCUUCAAUGUUUCAGUGAGCCAUAACAAUAACAGCAGUAGUGGGGGCGGUGCACGAGCCAGGGUGUCCAACCCCCACUUAAAUAAUCCCAGGGGAGGCAAUGCCAGGGUCAGGAACCCUGUCUCAACUAACUCUCAGCAGAUCCUCGGCCAGAACAAACACAAGACUAAUAACCGCAAUAAACAAGGUGGUUGGUGGCUGCCAGGCUCUGGGUCCAAGGUGCCGAGUACAAACAUCCCCCCGAGUGUCACCUCUGCUGGCACCUCCAGAGAUCGUAGCUAUGUCAAUUACAACUCUGUUCGCGGAAGUGGUAAUGACAGUGAUAGUACUGGGGCCGUAACCUUGGAAGUUCUUAAGGAAGCAGAAGCAUUGAUGCGUCGUCAUGCCAGCCAGCCUGAGUUUUUGCUGCAACUUUUCCGCCAUGCAUCACAGAUCACCGUACACACUGACCAACAUGUGGCAGUGGCUCUGCUGCAAGACCUAGCCACACAGCCUCAUGGUUCCAAUCAUGGGGUAAAUGCCAACAGCCGAGGCAACAACAAUGAAACAAAUAGCCUGUCCCUGCCAGCCCCAUUACGAGACUCUUCUUGGCGUCAGCAGACCUCUCCCUCUCACCCUCAUAAUAUAUUACCCCAGGAAAAUGUGAGUGUAGUGGGCCUGUCAGGGUCAGAGGUCAGUGACAGCGGCCUCACAUCCGAGGACGAAGACAGUAGAGCUCUCUACCGCAAUGUUAAAAACCUCAGUCUGAGUCCAAGUGGUCGAGCAGGGCUGUCCGGUGCCAUACCCAGGUCCACCCCAGGGGUCAACACUAGCAGCCACUCUCGCCCUCAGUUCCCUCAGCCUCAACAGUACCAGUCACAGUUCCCCCAUCAUAAUUAUCAGUACUUCCCCCAACAACCCAACCUCUCAAACAACCAGGGAGGUAGUAGCCGCAGUGUAGCCAACUCUGAGAGUUCCCUCUACGAUCACUUGGUCUUCAAUGACUCACACAUGGGCACUGCUCACCCACAGCAGGUCGUAGAGGAAUGGAUAUGUCGGAGUGAAGGUGAGGCAGGCGAGGAGAAGCUACAGAACCAACCAGAGACUGUGGGCUCCUCUCCUGAAGAUGCUCACCACAUCAUACAUCCUCUAAAUAACGACACCGAAUACCUGACAUUUGAGACGCUGGUGUCAUCAGCGGUGAGGGCAAGUGUAGAAAUAUUGCUGAGCCAACUUGGUGGAUCACAGGCGUCCGGGGGCCUCGUGUCUCCGCUCCUCAUCACUUCACUCCACAAUACACUUGUUGCUCAGAUUCAGACCCAGGCACAGUCACUGCAACUGCCUCAGAGUUUCCUGUUCUCGGUCGACACUGAACUCAAGAGUGCUCUUCAGGCCUUCUCUGGCAAACCAUUGUUGGAAGUGAGCAAUGAUGUGCCAUCAGUAGUGUCACAAGUACUGCUGACACAGUACUGCAGUGUGCUGGUCCAACGACUUCGAGACAACCACCCAGUGCUGCCGCAGACGCCCACUAAGUUGCCUCAGAGCAAAAUUCCCAUAAGUGAAGCUGGUGCUGGAAAUGUGGCCACCGUAUCAUCUACAUCUCAAGGACGACAUACUCAGGAGAACACCACCGCCACACAAACAGAGUCUAGUGUGUUCUCCCUGACACCCCAUCAGCACGCUAGUCUUAGUCACUCCACAGAUCUGUCGCAGCGUCCCAACCAUCACGGGUCUCGCACAUUCAGUUUGACUUCAUCUACGGGAUCGUCGGUCACACAUGGCUCCGCUCAUUCCUCGCACCUCUCAUCACAUGCAGUAGCUCAUCCCUCCAUUCCAUCAUCAUCACCACACCCACCUCCUCACAUAACAGCUUCAGUGUUCCAGUCUUCGUCUUCGGGUGGUGGACACUGGCAGGUACCUCUGUCGGCACCUUUACCUUCACCCAAUGAAAAUGGAGCCAGUGUUGAAACUCUUAUUGAUAACUCUAUCAAUUCUAUAAAUUCCCAUCCAACUUCUCAGCCUGAGUCUUGGGCUGUGAGCAGUGGAAUUGGACAGGUGGCAGAGAGCCCUGCGCCAGCAUCACGACCCAACUCUAGACUGACAAAUAAUAUUGGUGCUGCAGCUGAAUGGGCUGAGCCGGAGCAUGAAGAAGCAAUGAUGGAUGACAAUGUUGAACCUUCAUUGCCAGUACAUGAUUUAGCUGAGGCAGACCAAUCACAAGAUGCAGCAGAGGGUGACUGGGAAGACUCUCAGGCAGAGGGGAUCCAGGCUGACAGUGGGGGUGCUGUAGGUAAUGCCAGCCCUCAACAUUCAUCAUGGCUGCAGGCCAGAGAAAAGUCCUCCCAGCAGAUGGAUGCAGAAGGCAUGGUAGAGUGUGACGCAGAUGCCGCAGAAGGGACCACUCGAGGGGCUGUCGGACAUCACGGGUACGGAGAACACCACAAACAAGGAGCAAGCAGAGAAUUAGAGUUGGAUGAGGUUCCCACUAAGCUACAGAGCCCCGAGGGAGGUUCACCGAGAGGGACCCCAGAGCACCAGUCAAGCGCACCACAAGGGCACCACCAGUCCACACCUUCCUCACACAGUGUGCAACCACCUCACUCUCCAGGAGGGAGUGAGGGGUGACCUAAACAGCUAUAUGAAUGCUCUUCCAUAAUCUGUCACAAGAAGAAGAAAAAGUCAACAGAAAAAAGAGAUGAAAAUGGAAAAAUAAAAUCCUACAAUAUGGGUGAUAAAAUUAUUUUAGUAGAUGAGUCCAGUGAUGAAGAAGGAAGAGCAGACCAAGCUUGUGUUGUGUCUAGUCCUGUCCUCAUGUUUGGGUCCUGCCUAGUAAGCUUAAUUACAGUCCUCCUGUGCAAGAUGCGCAGCACAAAUCAUUAGGAACGGAGAGUUGAACGACGUUAUCCUGCACUCGACAACCCAGCUUUGUGAUAGAGAUUUGUCCAUUGUUGGUUUGCAAGGCUUAACAUAGUAUUCUCUGGUGUAGUUCUUAAUAUCCAAUAUAUACCUACACUGAUGAUGUCUCAGUACUGUAUAGUGAAUAACAUCAUGCAGGUUCUUAUUAGUAAUGAAAAUGUAACUUUCCAUUAUAUUGAGCUGUUAUUAACCAAAUUUACACCAUGGCUAACAUCAAAAGGCUGUAGGCAUUAGGCAAUUAUAAUUUGAUUUGUUUAUUUUAAUUUGGGCCCAUGCCUUCCCCUCAUGGUUUAAUAAAAUAAGACUUAAACAGUUAAUAUGGUUAUUUGGUAUAAAGAUUGCAGUUAAUGAAGCAUUCUUAACAUGACUUAACUAAUAUACCAUAUAAUAAAGUGUUCCCUGUACUGUACUGUAUCCAAGUGGUGGGUUCAUGUGCAGUAUUCCUCAAACACUUUACAGUUGCAUAUUUUUGGGAGGGUGGGGAGGGGGAAGAGGGAUAUUGCUACAUGAAUCCAACACAGUGUUUAUGUUAUUUAUAUACAGUUAUUAUAUAUAGCUUGAAAUCAAACAGAAUGAUGAUGGAUAGGUAAAGCAAGUUCAUGAAAAAAGUCAGUUGAAUUAUGUUACAUUUGAUCAAUUACAUGCAUUAUUGUGAAGAGUGAAUACAAAAUAAUUUAUGUCAGUGAUUUACAAAACUAAAUUCAAGAGGAAAUUUUGUUGCUUUACCACUUCAAAAUAGUUGUUUCAUUCCAGAAAAUUGUCACACACACAGGUACAUAUUUUGUACACAGACACAGUUUCCAAACAAUGAUACACAUAAAAGGAGUCAUCUAAUUAGGCAUCACAGUUGAAGGAGUUCUCAGAAGACUGCCCGGGAGAGAAGGGAGAACCUGCUCUUUAUAAGGAGAGGAAACCUAAUAAGGCAAGGGAGAGAAGUUUCUUUAUUCUCAUAUUUAUAAUAUAUUAAUAAUUAUAAACAUUUCUCAUAACACUAAAUGCUCAACUUUUAAUCACUCUGGCAUCUCUUAAUGUGAUGCAGAGAAGACGUACCCACUACGUGUUAAGCUUCUUCCCAAAAACAGAUUUCUGAGGCUGUAAAUGUAACCCAGUUAUUAAUGUCCCUGUCCAUUAGAGUAAGUGCAGAAUAUAUUACCAGUUUGUACUUUACAAAGAAGAGGUUAAAAACAAGAUUUAAUUUAUAUGCAUUCUUCUCCUUGUUUCCUAGGUUUAUGUAUUCACCAUAUUUAUUAAUGAAAUCAUGAUCUGUAUUUUGUUAUAAAAUUUAAUAUAUAGAAGCAGGAGGAGAUGGCUAAUAAAGUGGGAGAAGUUGGAGUGACAGUGUCAGGACUGAACCUGUUAGAGAUAAGGUUAUACAUCCUCACACUGCAGACUUGGAAAACAUACAUUCACUUGUUUUAUUAUUAUUGGCUUAAUUAAAGGGAUGUGACUUACGUAUUUGAUAAGAGUGUCUGACAAUGUUAUCUUUAAACAUGUGUGUUGUAACAGAUGUGGAUUGUUUUAAGAAUUUGGAUGAACUUUUUAUUUCUUAUUUUUAAUGAUAUGGUGAAUUAAUAUUGGUAAGUAUGGUUUUCACCUUUAAAAUUACCUCUUGCAUUACAGUUAUUAACAGUGUAUCCUUAACCCUACGUUCAAUAAGUCAUUCCUCCUGGAACCCACAUUUCACAGUGUGGAUAUGAGAAUUUGAAUCAUUUAUUAAAGUAUAGUACAAGAUCCUGAGUUUCAAGUCUGGUAAAAUAUGGCUGUUCAAUAUUGUUGUCUGCAGAAGUUGCACCUUGUUAUUUUGGGGGACUGAACCUCUUAGUUCCUCACUCAGGAUGUUACCAGUUGAAUCUGCAGGACUAAAGAAUAACUAGAUUUUAUUCCUAUAAAGCUGAUAAUCCAAUGCCUGCCAUUAUAGAUAUCAAAGUAAAGUACAGCCUCAGUUAUUGAGUACAGCUUAAGAUUGACCAAUUUCAUCCAUCCCCGUAUAAUAUAACUUGGAAGUAUUCCUGAGACAAUGUCCAGCACAUAAGUUGGAGAUUCAGUCAUGGCUCCAGCAUGAGUCUUUCAUUUAAGCUUGAGAGCAUGUUUAAUGUAAGUUGGUGAUGUGAAGUGUUGGAAGUACUGUACUGACUCUGUUCUCAUUAUCUGCAUGAGUAAAGAAUGUUAACUGUGUAUUAGAUUUCUUGUACAGAGAUGGCUGUUCUCAAAAUGUUUUUAUAAGAUUUACAUAUAAUUUAUCAGUUUAGUUUUAAUGGUGAAGGGAAGACAACAAGUUAUUAUUUCAAAAUUCAUGUCAGUUUAUGGAUUAAAAAUUAACCAGACAACAAUAAGGAAAAUAUAUUUUGAGUUGUCGUGAAUUUAACCUUUGGUAGAUUGUAAUCUUUUGUGUCAACAUGCUUAUGAAAUUCAGCUGUAAUUUGAUUUUAUCUUUAACUUUUAUAUCAAACAAUUUUAACAAGCAGUUCAACAUAUAUGAUGCACUGUCAGGCAAUGCAAAUACCAACAACAUAGCAUGGUAAGCCUAAAGAUGAGGUGUAUUGGUAGUACUUAUAGUUUUAAGCUUAUUAGCUGAGGUUGUACUGUACUCUUAUGUAGCACAUCCAGGAUCCCUUUUGGUGGAGAUUAAAGUUUGUACCCUUAGUGAACUACAUGUCAGUAUACUAACCAAGUGUACCCUAGCCAGUCCAAGUUGUGAUUAUGCUCAGAAGUAUCCCUCCCAUCCCCUCCCCAAACUACAUGUUGUCUCGCUCCAAAUUACUGGUAUGUUCAUUGUUUGUUAAUGUUGUUAGAUUGGGACCAAAUAUAUAUUAGGCUGCUGCUACCAACCCAGAUGUGACUCUUUUUAUUUACUAUUUGCAGGAGAUCAGAUAUGUUUAGACUGUCUACAAAAUAAUCCUUUAUGAGAACAAACACUAACCAUUAUCCUAAAGUUCUUACGGUAGAUGUGGUUAGAUUUUGUUUGUAUUCAGUGUUGUGUGCCACAGGUCACCGUGCAUGCGUGCUAUGAUCUUAACGGCCUCGUGUAUAUGAAGGCAAUCUAUUUUGUUCUUAGAGUGUGGCAUAUCUAACUCUAGCAAAAACAUAUUGAAAGAGCCAGACCUGGAUCUGUAGCCACUUCGUAUGUAUUGUCGACAGAAGGAGCAUUAGACCAAAUAUAUCUUGUUUAUGGCUAGGGAAAGUGAGCAUCACUUGUAUUGGCUGUUGCUCAUGUUAGUGAAAGGAAAUGUACUCGACCCCAAGUUUCCAGUACAGUUCUCCAAACCUCAGACUUCUCUCUGUUAACAAGCUUUUAAAAGUGUCACUGGACUGAACCUUCUGUUACUGUUGAUGUGGAGAUGUGAAGUGACUCAAACUCAUAAAUGGGAUUUUAUUUUUCUUUGGUGUUUUUUUUUUUUUUUUUUUUACUGAACCCAAAAAGAAUAUUAAACAUUAGUUUGCCAGUGAUUGCUUUAAAUCUUAAUUUCUGGCGUAGCAUUUAUAUACGUUAUUAAAUGCUGCAUAUAUUUUAUUCUGAAUCAUUUAAAACUAUUUGGAGUAUCUUGUUUGGUAUGGUAAAGAUGAGUGAGGUAGUUUAUUUUUUCUGUGAACUGUAAUUCAGUUUCUUAUGGAGAUAGGUAAAGGUAUUUUGAGUUUGUGUAUUAUUUUGACCAUUUGUACGGGAGGCAAGGACUCUUGAAGUACAGUAUACGUUACCAUUUUCUUUGGCUCAAGGUUAUGGCAUUUAUUCAUAUUUAUAUAGUACAUGCCAGUGAAGAAGUGGCAAAUGUUGCUUAUAUUACCACUACAUUAUGACAUAGAUGUUCGUGUCUCAGUGUUUUGCUUCUCCCCAUUGUGUUACAGGAUUUUGAUUCAUUGUUAAUCCCAGUACUGAUCAUAAUGCAAAGAAAAACUAUAUAAUGUAUCAGUCUAUUAAAAUCAAAAUAAUC